AUGGGAGCCAAGAAGCAUCCGAAGCGAUCCGCGAGGGCAGGAACGAAACGCAACACCACUGAACAAGGCACAGACGACGCGGGAGAGGGUCUCAAGCGAUCGCGGCGGCCGCAGGGCCGCGAGAGGGGCAAUGACUACGCAGGGUUCCGCGUUCCACGGGGAGGCCCCUCGCGGACUGGCGGCAGCGGCGUGGUGGAGCGUGUGCCCGCCGCGACGAUGACGGACGUGAGGAUGUGGGACGAGGCGAUCCGGCAGCGGCGUCCCAUCGUGCUCGCCGGCCCGCCGCCGCCGGACCUGGCCCGCGCGUGGGAGACGUGGACGGACGACAGACUGAGUCAAGUUGCGGGGGGGUGUAAGGUGCUCGUCGAGCGGCGGUCGGGGGCCGCCGACACGUUCGGGCGCGGCAACCGCGAGUGCAUGCUGUUCGCGGACUUCCUCAAGGCCCUGCGGUCGCCGGCGGCGGAGCAGGUGUACCUGACAGCGCAGCCGCGCGCAGUGGCACGCGACGGACACCCCGCCAUCGCGGCGCCGCCGCUGACACGCGAGCUGCUCAGGGAUCUCCCGCUGCCGCCGGCCGUCAUGUCCGGGCUCGCGCUGCAGUCGGUGAACGUGUGGAUGGGCAGCUCGCGCGCAGGGAGCUCGUCCGGGCUCCACCACGACUUCCACGACAAUUUGUAUUUCUUAAUUCGGGGCAAGAAGAGAUUCCGUAUGUUCUCGCCCGACAAGGCGCGCGGCAUGCGCACGCACGGCGAGAUCGAGCGCGUGCACCCGAACGGCCGCGUGGUGUACCGCGGCGGCGGCGACGUGCGCGCGGACGGCGCGAGCGCCGCGGAGGUGGCGGCGUGGGAGCGCCGGCGGGCCGCGCUCGCGGCGGCGGGCUCGGACGACGGCGACGACGACGCGCUGGACGACCUGCUCGAGGCGCAGCUUCGCGACGUCGCGGCGGGGGACUUCGACGACGACUACGAGGAGGACUCCUCCGACAGCGGGGGCGACACCCCCUCCUCCGGGGGCGGGGACGACGGGGCCGGACUGGACGGCGUGGCCGCGGGGAUCGCUGUGGGCGAGCGGCGCGAGGACGCCGGGGCGCCGGAGCACUUUUCGCGGAUCGACUCGGCGCUGCUCGACGCAGGCGACGACGCCGCCGUUCGCGCGGUGGCGCCAGGCUUCCCCGGCAUGGAGUUCUGCGCGGAGGUCGAGAUCGAGGCAGGCGACGUGCUGUACAUGCCGGCGGGGUGGUUUCACGAGGUGACGUCGACGAGCGGUGCGGCGCGCGACGCAGCCGGGCACCUGGCCGUGAACUUCUGGUUCCACCCGCCGGACUCGUUGGCGCCCGGCGCGAGCGGCAUGGCCGCGGCGUACUCGUCCCCGUACUGGCCAUCGCUGUGGGAGCGCAGACGGCGACAGCUGCGGGAGGGCGGCCUGUGA